CAUCCUUCCCUUCUUUCCAAUCCACCGGCAACGUGUCCCUUUUCCCUCUCCCUCGAGACGUAACCCCUCGCUAUCCACAUCCUGGGAUAUUCUAACAACCGGGAAUAUAUUUAUUCCACCCCAAUUCCUCAACUCCCGAUCUCUUCUUUUUCGUGAACGCACCCAAUCUCUCAUUCUGUUCUCAAGACUUUUAGGGUUUCAUGGGAUAAACACAAAGUUUCCUGCUUUCUUUCACUAAUUUUCUUCAAUUUGUUACCUUUCUUGGUUUUUUUUUAGGCUCUUAGGGUUUGCAUUUCUUUGAUUUCUCCGUGAAAUAUUCAGUUCAGAUGUCUUGUAGCUCUCCGGAUCCAGCUAGUUAUUGCUCGACUGCUUCCCCUGAGUUGAAGCUCUACCAAGCUUUCAUCUUUUCGGUGCCGGUGUUCUUCACCUUUGUUCUUCUGAUCUUGUUCUACGUGUUCUACUUGAAGCGGCGGAGAGCGAAUUGGCAGUCGCUGAGGAUGAGGGCUUCUCAUUUGGGCAGGGGAGAGGUCCCGAGAAGUUCGGAGUCGGGUAUAAAGAAAGAGGUGAGAGAGAUGCUUCCGAUAGUCAUUUUCAAGGCGAGCUUCUUGAUCAGAGAGACACAAUGCUCUGUAUGCUUAGGGGACUACCGACCGAAUGACAAGCUUCAAAGAAUACCUCAAUGCGGACACACAUUUCAUGUAGGCUGCAUCGAUCACUGGCUUGCCACUAACACCACCUGUCCUCUCUGCCGAGCCUCACUCCUUCCAGUGACGAAAGCUGCUGAGACCAACCUCCCACAUCAUGAAAGCCAAACCACUGGAGAAGCUAACCUGCAAGAACAAUCCUCAGAGAGGCUCAUUGAUGAGAGAGUUGCUCAGCAUGACAUUGAAGCAACAGAAAGGCAAAGAGAUCUUGCUAAUGAGGACUGCAGCCAUUUAAGAGGAGAAGAAGAAUGUAGGCAUGAUGGGGAAGUAUCAAUAGCAGUUAAUUGCUGAAGCUCAUGGUAGUGUUGAGGGGGAACUAGGAGUACAGGCUGCCUAUGAUGCAAGUGCAUUUUCAUUUACUGGGGCAUGUUAUUUAAUUGUACUGAAUAUACUAGUACUAUUGAUUUUACAUGCUUCUAAUAAAGCGGAUUAUGAUUUUAUAAAUCAUAAAUGUUUGGAUUUGUUUCGGUACUUU